AUGAAUGUUUUAUGUCCAUUGUGUGAUGAAAACAUAACACUAUUGGACGUUGCACAAAGGGAAGCACAUGCCGACCGCUGCCUGGAGGCAAUGGAAGGUGGACACAAGCUGGUGGUGAAGGAGGAGACGGCGAUCUCGACAGAACUCAAAGUUGAAACAGCAUUGAUAGAAAAACCUUUAUCAGAUGAGCGCGAUGAGCGAUUGGAGCGAAUAGCACGCAAAGAUAAGGAGCUAGAACUAACAUACGAAGCCCAUCUUACCAAGCCCAAGAAGCGGCGAAACUUCAAGGAGCGAAAAUCUGAACCCCCUCUAAAGCGAUCAAUACCAUUUUUCAAGAUUUUAACUUUCCCAGGCUCCAAGUUUGCAGUCGAUGCCUUUUGUUAUGGCCCACUUGAAGUGGAUGCGUACUUUUUGACCCAUUUCCACAGCGAUCACUAUGGUGGACUUUCAGGCUCGUGGAAGUGGGGGCCUAUAUAUUGUACACCAGCUACUGCGCGGCUCGUACAUUAUAAGCUGAAUGUCGAUCCAAAGUACCUAUGUGAAGUUGAGAUCGGACAGCCCUGCAUUGUAAAUGGCGUGCGUGUUUUCUUCCUAGACGCUAAUCACUGUCCUGGUUCCUCAAUUAUUUUAUUCAACAAUAAAGUUCUGCACACCGGGGACUUUCGUGCCUCUCCCGAAAUUCUUGAAACGGUUCGAGGAUAUACCACGAAACUAGACAAGUGUUACCUCGACACCACCUAUCUUGACCCUAAAAGGGUGUUUCCGACCCAGUCAUACGUGAUAUCAAGGUGCGUGGAACAUUGCUUGAGCGUUCAAUCUACAAAUCAGCGGUCUUUUUUUCUCAAACCUCGUGAAAACCGCCUACUAGUGAUGGUCGGGUCAUACACCAUCGGCAAGGAGCGGUUAGCCAUUGCUAUAGCCAAAGCAUUGGACUCCAAGAUUUGGACCCCUGAACCAAAACUACAAAUUCUGAACCUACUAAAAGACAAUGAUCUCGAUGAGCUGCUAUUGAAAAGUGGGAACGGAGUCACCUGUCAAGUACAUCUCGUUUCAAUGUCUGAACUCAACAAAGAAAAACUUGCAGAGCGAUGGAAGUUCUUGAAAAAGCACUAUACACACCUCUUGGCGUUCGUCCCUACUGGUUGGACUUUCAGGGGUACGUUUGAUCCGGCGUCGUUACCAUGUCCAACAAGUGGUACGAUUGGGAUCUGCAAAGUACCUUAUAGCGAGCAUUCGAGCUAUGAGGAACUACAAAAUUUUUGCAAUGGGAUACAAAUCGGCAAAAUAAUAGCCACAGUUGGUUCUGCACAUUUAAAUAUUCUACAACAGUGGGAAACGAGAUAA